UGUUUUUUUACUUAUGUAUUCAGCAUCAGUACAUAGAUAUCAACAAUACAACUUUGAAUGAUGGAAGAAAUAGUUUAAAUUGCAUGGAUUUCUGAUAAUUUUACUAUUCUCAAGACAUUUCCAAACUCCCUAUAGAUUAUUGGCAUUACUAGAUUAUUACAAAUACAUGAGAAUACAAUUAUAGGAAUUCUUUUCAAAAGCAACGCAUGGUGGCGCUGCAGGCUAAGGCGUGGGGAAAAGAAAAGGGGGAAAAAAAAGCCCAGGAAAUUCAACUACCUCUACCUCAGAUCUCUAGCGGAGGAGAAAAGCCUCUAAGCGGAGGAGAAGACCAGUAAGCCUCCAGGUUAUGCUACUCAAUGACAUUUCCAGACAGAUUACCAAGCGGGAGAUUCAUCGCUGUCUCAGUGCAAUUGCUCCCUAACGCGGAGCUGGGCCCAGUUCCUGCAAAGGUGUCUGUGGAAUAAAGAUGGAGGCCGCAGGGGAGCGCUUUCCUAAACAAAGGCAAGUCGUGAUUCUCUUUCUUUUGGUGGAAGUGGCUCUGGCUGGCUGGGAAUCCCGUCGCUAUUCCGUGAUGGAGGAAACUGAGAGCGGCACGCUUGUGACCAACCUGGCCAAGGACCUGGGGCUGGGAGCGGGAGAGCUAGCGGCACGGGGAGCCCGGGUGGUCACUGAGGAUAACGAACCCCGCUUACAGCUCGAUCUGCAGACCGGGAACUUGACAGUAAAUGAGAAACUGGACCGGGAGGGCAUGUGUGGCCCCGCUGAUCCAUGUGUAAUGCAUUUCCAAGUGUUGCUGAAAAAACCUUUGGGAGUAUUUCGAGCUGAGCUACUGGUGAGAGACAUAAAUGAUCAUUCUCCUGAGUUCCCUGAAAGAGAAAUGACGCUGAAAAUCCCAGAGACUAGCCUUCCUGGGACCGUGUUCCCCCUGAAAAAAGCCCAAGACUUGGACGUGGGCAACAACAACGUCCAAAACUACAACAUCAGUCCCAACUCUCAUUUCCACGUUUCCAUCCACAAUCCAGCAGAUGGCAGGAAAUACCCCGAGCUGGUGCUGGACAAAGAGCUGGAUCGCGAGGUGCAGGCUGAGCUCAGAUUGACCCUCACAGCGCUGGACGGCGGUUCUCCACCCCGGUCUGGCACCGCCCGGGUCCACAUCUUGGUCUUGGACGUCAAUGACAAUGCCCCUGAGUUUGCACAGAGGCUCUACCAAGUGCAGGUUCCAGAGAACAGCCCUGUAGGUUCCCUAGUUAUCAAGGUUUCAGCUAGGGAUUUAGACACGGGGACAAAUGGAGAGAUAUCAUACUCCCUUUCUUACAGUUCUCAGGAGAUAAGCACAACUUUUGAAGUGAACAGCCUUUCAGGAGAAGUCCGACUAUCAAAGCACGUGGAUUUUGAGACCAUAUCCUCCUAUGAGCUGGAUAUAGAUGCCUCUGAUGGCGGAGGACUUUCUGGAAAAUGCGCUGUCUCUAUUGAGGUGGUGGAUGUCAACGAUAACUCCCCGGAACUGACUAUUUCAUCUCUUACCAGCCCCAUUCCGGAAAAUUCCCCAGAGACAGAAGUGGCCCUGUUUCGGAUUCGAGACCGAGACUCGGGGAACAACGGAAGGAUGACUUGCUCCAUCCAGGAUGAUCUUCCCUUCCUCCUGAAACCAACAGAAGAGAAUUUCUACACCCUAGUUACAAAUGGGGCUCUGGACCGAGAGACCACAGCGGAGUACAACAUCACCAUCACCGUCACCGACAUGGGGACCCCAAGUCUGAAAACGGAGCACAACAUCACCGUGCUGGUCUCCGACGUCAACGACAACGCCCCCGCCUUCACCCAGACCGCCUACACCCUCUUCGUCCGCGAGAACAACAGCCCCGCCCUGCACAUAGGCAGCGUCAGCGCCUCGGACAGAGACGCGGGCGCCAACGCCCAGGUCGCCUACUCGCUGCUGCCGCCCCGCGACCCCAGCCUGCCCCUGGCCUCGCUCGUGUCCAUCAACGCGGACAACGGGCAGCUGUUCGCCCUGAGGGCGCUGGACUACGAGGCCCUGCAGGCGUUCGAGUUCGGCGUGGGCGCCACGGACCGCGGGUCGCCGGCGCUGAGCAGCCAGGCGCUGGUGCGCGUGCAGGUGCUGGACGCCAACGACAACGCGCCCUUCGUGCUGUACCCGCUGCAGAACGGCUCCGCGCCCUGCACCGAGCUGGUGCCCCGCGCGGCCGAGCCGGGCUACGUGGUGAGCAAGGUGGUGGCGGUGGACGGCGACUCGGGCCAGAACGCCUGGCUGUCGUACCAGCUGCUCAAGGCCACGGAGCCCGGGCUGUUCGGCGUGUGGGCGCACAACGGCGAGGUGCGCACGGCGCGGCCGCUGGGCGAGCGCGACGCGGCCCGGCACCGGCUGCUCGUGCUGGUCAAGGACAACGGCGAGCCGCCGCUGUCGGCCAGCGUCACGCUGCACGUGCUGCUGGUGGACGGCUUCUCGCAGCCCUUCCUGCCGCUGCCCGAGGCGGCGGCCGACGCGGCGCGGGCCGACCCGCUCACCGUCUACCUGGUCGUGGCGCUGGCGUCGGUGUCGUCGCUCUUCCUGUUCUCGGUGCUGGCGUUCGUGGCGGUGCGGCUGUGCAGGAGGAGCAGGGCCGGCUUGGCGGGUGGCUGCUCGGUCCCCGAGGGCCGCUUUCCGGGCCACCUGGUGGAUGUCACGGGUACGGGGACCCUGUCCCAGAGCUACCAGUAUGAGGUAUGUCUAACGGGAGGCUCAGGGACCAGCGAAUUCAAGUUUUUGAAACCGAUUCUCCUCAAUAAUCAGGAACAGGGCCUUGAGAGGAAUACUGAAGUAACCCCUGCCUUUCAAAAUAGCUUUGGGUUUAAUAUUCAGUAA